AUGUCGGCGGCGCCGCCCUUGGCCUUCCCACUUGUCAUGGGGCUGGCUGUGCUGCUGCUGGUGGGCUACUUGCUUAGGGCGUUUUUCGUGUCCUGCAACCUGCCCGGCCCAGUGGGCGUCCUGCUCAGUGGCUGGCUCUGUGGCAAACUCGGCCUGAUGCAAACAGAAAUCCUCGAAGGACGCGACCAUUUCCAGGAAUGCGCAUUCUUCUUGGUUCUCCUCACCGCUGGCUUCGAGAUCAGUCACAAUACUCCAAAAACUCGUCAUGUGAUCCUGGGCAUUGUCCCCUGCUUCUGUGAGUUCGUCGGCAUCUCCAUCUGGGCUUGCUUCAUGGAGGAGCUGUCGCGCAUCGAAGCCUGUGUGACAGGAGCUGUCCUCUGCGGCUUAGCAGAUGGCAUUGUCAUCCCGAAGAUGAUCGAGAUGGAGGAUCAGGUACCAUCAGGAAAAGCAGAGCUCACCCGACUCGUCCUUACGACUGCUCCGCUGGAGGCCUCUUUUGUGCUGACCCUUUUCGGGCUUCUGUCGGGCUUUGCCGAAGUGUCAAAGUCGAAUUCGGCAGACCCCGCUGCAAUUAUUGGCGCCAACGUUGUUCGCUUGAUCGCAACCGUCGUCAUGGGCUUCGCCUUAGGUAACGUCACGGGCCAGAUGGUGCAGAAACGGCAUGCGUCCUUUGGCUUCACUGGCAGGAUCGAGGAGACGUAUCUCUUCAUCUUGGCAGUGGCGCUGGCGGGAUUUGGGCUCGGCCUUCCGAAGGAGACGGGCGGCACGCCGCUGGUGCCGAUGGGCUUCGCACCGGGCUCGCUCUUCCAGCCAGAGCUGCUGGUGAUUGUGCUGGGUUGCUCCUUCAGUCAAGCCAACUUGACCGGGCAUCGCGAGAACAACUUGGAUGCUGUAGUAGGCGGAGUCUGGGUUUUUGGCCAGAUCUUCCUUUUCAGCAUGAUCGGCAGCAAGAUAGAUGUCACAGUCUUCGUGCAAGCCACGCGGGUGCUUCCCAUGCUCGUCAUCGGCCUCGUGUGCCGCUUCUGUGGGAUUUCUCUGGCCAUUCUAGUAUGCCAUUGGCUGGAGCACUUCGGAAGCAGCCCUGGCACCGUCAAGCCGCUGGGGUUGAACUAG